AUGAGUGUAGUGGAAAUAAGGGUUUGUGGAAGAUACAAACUUACAAAAAGAAUCAAUAUAAGCAUGUUUAGUUCUAUUUAUUUAGCGAAAAACGUCUAAACAAAUAACGAUGUAGUAGUAAAAAUGGAAGAAAUAAAAUCUAAAUAUCCAUAACUAUUAUAUGAGGGAAAAAUAAUAUAAAAUUUAUAAGGAGGAAUUGGAAUUCCAAAUAUGCAUUGGUGUGGCUAAGAAGGAGAUUUCAAUUUUUUAGUAAUGGAAUAAUUAGGAUAAAAUUUAGAACAAUUAUUUAAUUUAUGUAAUCGAAAAUUUUCUCUAAAAACAGUUUUAAUGCUCGCAGUUUAAUUAAUUUCUAAUAUAGAAUAUGUUCAUUAUAAAGCAUAUAUACAUAGAGAUAUUAAACCUGAAAACUUCAUUUUUGGAGUUUCUAAAAAAUUAUCGACCUUAUAUACUAUAGAUUUUAGUCUUUCUAAAAGAUAUAAAGACUAAAGGACUCAUGAACAUAUAUAAUUUAGAGAGAGAAAACCUUUAAUAGGAACUGCUAGAUAUGUUAGUAUUAAUGCCCAUAGAGGAUAUGAAUUAUCAAGAAGAGAUGAUAUAGAGAGUAUUGGUUAUAUUUUAAUCUAUUUUUUAAAAGGAAGUCUACCUUGGUAAGGUAUUUCUUUAUAGAAUAGAGAAGAAAAAUACAAUUAAAUAAAAGAGUUAAAAAUGAAUAUAUCAGCUGAAAAUUUAUGUAAAGGAAUUCCUAUUGAAUUUAGUACUUUUAUAAAGCAUUGUAGAAAUUUAAAGUUUGAAGAAAAACCAGAUUAUUCUUUUUUAAAAAAAAUAUUUUAUGAAAGAAUGAAUAAGGAAGGUAUUUAAUUUGAUUAUGUGUACGAUUGGAUAUUAAUUCCUCUUUAAAACAAAAAUAUAAUAAUUCCUAAAACACCUAUAAAUUUCGAAAUUUAAUAGAAUGAAGAAUAUUUUGCUUAAGAUACAGAAGAAAAUUCGAAUUCUUCAAAAGAUUAUGGAGAGGAUAAAAAUGACGAAUAAGAUGAUAAUUUUUAUAAUUAGUAAUUACUUUUUAAAUAAUAAUUAAUAAUGCAAUAGUAAUAAAAAUAAUAAUAAUAAUAAUAAUAAUUAUAAUAAUAAUAAUAUUAAUAAUAAUUAUAAUAAUAAUAAAAAUAAGAUGAUAAUUCGUAAUAAAUUCAAAAUGAUAAAAUUAAUUAAAAUUAAAAUAUAAUGAAUAUUAAAUAAAAUAAAAAAGAAUAAAUAAUAAAUUAUAUAUAAAAUUAAUAAAUAUAAAAACAAAAUAAAUAAUGUGAUGUUUUUUGA